AUGUCGUUAUCUUCCGAUAUCUCGUCGCCAUUCAAGCUGCCUGCAGAGGCAGUGGCUGUGCUCAAGCACGAUGACGCUUUUCAGAGUCUCCGCCAGCCCUGUUCUGAGUCGAGUCUCUGUCCCUUCCACAGCGAAGAAUGCAGCGAACAGCAGCGCGCCGUCUUCCAACUGCACCGUGACGUCAUCUAUACUCUUCUACUUCCUCUGUUCGAAAUACACAACCACGCCACACAAAUAGCCACUCGCGUCCUGGGCAGACGACAGGCCGCAGAGCCCGACCGAGCGUUCAAGGGCGAGGCUCGUGGCGCUUUUACCUGGUUACACUGCAUCUUGACCGAGGAGCGUGACUUUUGUCUGGCCGAGGGAUGUCCCGCCUGUAUCGUGUCGUACGUCCUUUCGUCGGAGCCGACAAUUCGCCUCGUUACCGUGGCCUGUCUUUUGUGCGACUUUGUGCCAUUUACAGACUUGGCCGACUCAAAACAGACCAAAACACAUCGACCGGAUUUCAGCUUCUGGCUGAAGGCAAUGGAGACCGCCGUCCGCGAAGAUCCGCUCUGGGGCGAUGCUUUCUGGCCGGAAAUACAACACCGAGCCGAAAGCCUGGCAGUCGGUAUUAAAUAUCUGAUUAUGCAGUGCGCCGAGCUGCGCAAUCCAACGGAAUUACAGCGAACGUCUUCGACAACCAGCAGUAGUAGCGUCAAGUCAUCUUGCUCUAUGGCCAUGAGGUCAGAUCGACAUGCAUACCGAGUCCAUGUGCGAAGUAUCCCCGUGCAGCCAUCGGCUCUCGCUCGACGACAAUUGAACAUGAUGUGGGAAGAGCAAGAGCUCGUUUCGAAAUUUCUCCAAGGAUACUGGAACUCAUUAUGCUGGAGCGACCGCCCACAGAAGACGCUCGAAUUUUCCAAGACGCGCUCGGUAUAUCUUCCAUAG